GCGUAGGCUGGCGGUGCGGCCUGAUGGGCGGUUGAGGUGGGAACGGAGCAGCCUCGGGACCUCCCUGGGGCGGCGAGGCCGCGGGAAGCGUGGCGGAAAGGACCCCAGACGCCCUCGCGGCUGAGGAAAGCAAAGGGCUCCCGGGGCGCCCAGCUGGGUGCGCAGGCGUGGAGUGUCCGGGCGGGGGCGGGUCCUUAAAGGGGCCGCAGCCAGGGUUUCAGAGUCCCUAAAGGGCACGGGUGGGAGGCCACCGCGCGGUUGUUCGGGUCGGUGACAACCACUGGGCGCCCCGUUGGAGCUGCUCUUCGAGUCCAGUGUGUGGACCCGUCCAAAGGGAGCCGCGGAUUAAGCGCGACCCUUACCGUCUCCAGCCCGCAGAGCAAUGGCUCACAUUGGUUCUCGCAAGCGCUCGAGAAGUCGCAGCCGGUCCCGCGGUCGAGGGUCGGAAAAGAGAAGGAAGAAGAGUAAUAAGGACACUUCGAGGAACUGCUCGGCCUCUGGAUCCCAAGCCUCACCUUCUCCCUGCAUCACAGAGAGAAGCAAGCACAAGGCCCGGAGGAGACCUCGAUCCAGCUCCUCCUCCUCUUCUUCCAGUUCUUCUAGCUCCUCUUCUUCCUCUUCGUCCUCCUCCUCUUCCUCCAGUGAUGGCCGGAAGAAGUGGGGAAAGCACAGGGACAAGAAGGACAAGAAGAGGAAGAAGAAGAAGAAGAGGAAGAAGAAGCUGAAGAAGAAAGGCAAGGAAAAGGCAGAUGUGCAGCAGGCUGAGGCCCUGCCUGGCCCCUCACUGGACCAGUGGCACAGAUCCACUGGAGAGGAAGAGGACGGCUCAGUUCUGACUGACGAGCAGAAGUCCCGCAUCCAGGCAAUGAAGCCCAUGACCAAGGAGGAGUGGGACGCCCGGCAGAGUGUCAUCCGCAAGGUGGUGGACCCAGAGACAGGACGCACAAGGCUCAUCAGGGGAGACGGGGAGGUCUUAGAGGAAAUCGUAACCAAAGAACGGCACAGAGAGAUCAAUAAGCAAGCCACCAGAGGGGACGGACUGGCCUUCCAGAUGCGAGCUGGGUUGCUUCCCUGAGGGCUCUGGCUGGCUGAGGCCUGUGGACUGCUGGCGGAGGCCAGUCUGAUGGGGGCAUCUACUCCUUCUCCGAUGUGGUGGGGGGGGGUACCUGGCCUCCUCAGCACCACAUCUGGAUUACAGUGUCCCAGUAUUAAAUGUUCCCUUGUUACAGACUUCCUGUCCUGUUGGUUUCUUGUGCUGAGGGGGUCGGGAAAAACAGGCUCCAGGAGCUUUGAGGAGAGCUGCGCGUCUGCUGAUGGUAGUAAGCACAGGUCACCCCAGCCAACUCUGUUCCUCCGUCACUCCACUCCUAAGUCCAAACUCAGGCUUCGGGUGAGAGUGCUGCCUGGCUGUGCUCCAUAGAUCACCACAAACUGAGCCCCAGCUCCAGGGCCAGGUGGCCUGAACGGGAAUGCUGACCCUGACUUACUGGCUUUGCUUCCUGUGCAGCAGAGAGGCUAACAGAUCCACCUCACUCGGUGCCUGGAAAGGGCCGUCAGCCUUC